AUGGAAAGUGUCGUAGCCUCAGUUUAUAAUUCCUGGCGCGAUGUUGCAUUUGGUGACUUACAAAAAACCUUGGAGUCAGUAGCAUGUGAACUGACCUCCAAUCAUGAGAAAAACGAUAUUUCAAGGACUAAUUUAGUAAAUCAGACUAAAGAGUUCCGAAAAUCUGCCUCCGAGGAUGUACGUAAAUAUUGUUCGACAGUUAUCAAGUGUUAUCAAUCGGAAUUCGAUGCACUUCAGAAGAGGUGUAGAUAUGCUGAAGAAGCUUACCUUUCAAUGUACAAACAACUUAUUGAUCUCCCAGAUCCCUUAUUCGCACUUGGAGAACUUCAAUCCUUACAAAAACGAGCUGAGAAAGCUAUAGAAUUUGAGUUCGAAUCACGAAAAUUCAAGGAAAGCUGUGACGAAUUAAAAAUAAAAGUUCAGGAGCUCAAAAAUUACGAACGCGAAAAUAAACGCUUGCAGAAACGUCUUGACGAGUUGACGGUUUCUUUGGAAACUCAAAUCCAGCUGAACAGUUCGAAGAUAGUUGAUGAAUAUCAAAGGAAGUUGGAUUUCAAAGAGCAAGAGUUUGCCAUCUUUAAAGUUGAAGCAGAGGAGAAGCUGGGUAGCUUUGAAUCUAAAAAUAUAGCGAUUUCCAAAGCACUGGAAAUGGCACAAUCUGAAUUAUUUAGGCUUAAAACAGAAGCGAACGCUACCGAAACCGGCAGGUCUUCCGAACUUGAGUUACUUAUGGAUGAUCUUGAAAAAUCAAAUGCAAAACUUGCUUCUGCUGAAGCAGAGCUGGCCAAAUUACGUGAGGAUCAUGCGGACAUCCCAAAGUUACCCAUCGCAGACAUUAGUCGACUUCAGUGUCGCAUUGAAGAGCUUGAAUUUGAACUGUCCAGUUGUUCUCAACAAAAAUCGUCAUUACUCGAUCAGUUGGAAUCGCUCAAAUCUUUGAAGUCAUCCAACGAAAAGAAUCUAGAAAAUUGUAUUCAAGAGCUGCAAACAACAAUUUGUCAGACCAAAGCUUCUCUGGAAGUGGCUAAUAUUAAACUUGACAAUCAAUCUGAUUACGAAGAAGUGAAACGCGAACUAUCUCUUUUACGCUCAAUUGAAUUUCCUGAAAAUGUUCAGCCAAAUGAAUCGGAUAAUCUUAUUCAAGACGAUACAUCUAAUCGUGCUCCAUUGGAAGUACUUAUUUUAAAAAAGAAUAAAUCAUUGGAGAAUCAGUUGGCCGAAGCAAACACCUUACGUGAAAAGUUACAAAUUGAACUUACUCAAGUCCAAUCAAAUGAAGUUGAAGCCAAUCAACGAAUUAAAGAGCAAACAGAAUUAAUAAAAUUGUUAGAAUCUGAUCUUUAUCGUUUGCAGACAAAUUUGGAUGAAUCAUUAAAGUUAAAUGAUUCAAGGAACCGGUUGGAAGGUCACCAUCUUGCAGAAGUUAUCGGUGACCAAAAACCAAGUCAGUACAAUCAGUCAUUAUUAAACAUUGUACAAAAUCAACGUGAUCGAUUUCGAACACGAGCUGAAGAAUUAGAACAGAAUGAAAUAAAUUUACGCCAACAGUUGGUAUCACUUCAACGUGAAGUUGAAUCAGUACGAGCUGAUAACGUUAAAUUGUACGAGAAAAUACGUUUCUUACACUCAUAUGGUAGUCCUGUAAUACAAAAUCGACAAAAUAAUUUAUCUAAUCAGCAUUCUUCAUCAUCGGUGACAACAUCAUUGUCACCAUCAUCUUGUCAAAAUCAUGAGUCAAAUGAUGCAACUAUCAUUAAAUAUUCACAUGUUUAUGAAGCUCAGUUAAAUCCUUUCAAUCAAUUUAGUCGAUAUGAGAAACAACGAGUGUAUAAAAAGUUACAACCAUAUGAGAAACUGAUGUUACAUUUGGGACGUUUUGUUAGUUCCGAUCGUAGACUCCGCUUGGGUGUAUUUUUGUAUGCAAUAUUCUUACAUUUAUUCAUAUUUAUUGCACUGUAUAAAGCAGCUCAUUUCCAGCAUAGUGCUUUAGAAACUGAAGCUAAUUGUCAUUCUCGCUUUGAAAAACAUAUGCAAGAAGUUCAUAAUCAAGGUGGUGGGAAUCUAUAA